AUGGCGCUAAAACUGAAAUACACAGACGAAAACGGUAUACUACACAUCGACAUGACACCAUCAGCAAGUCCGGACAAGCAAAUAUCCGACCCGAAGUUCGACACGAUCAACAAACGCUUCGGUCAGUACGACAUCUUCGGUGGGAAGUACGAAGAUGGAGGGGAGACACAGUCGCUUUUCCGAAGUAGAUACAAUAGCUUCGAGGAGGAGCUAGCUAACACGCCGUACGCGUUCACUGAGCGAUCGCACUUAACCGACCCGAUAUUGGACAUAACGAUCGAAUCACGAUACGAUAUAUCGCCGUCUAAAGAUUUAGAAGAUGAUCGAUUUUUCGAACGAGAUGAUUUAUUCGGACCGAAAAUCGAUUUGAAAAAACCUGAUGCUUUUACGGUUACGCAGUUGAUACAUGCCCAGGAUAGGUAUUAUGAUCUAUCAAGUAGAUCUGUCAAGUCUGUGAAGGGGAAGGUUAGGAGUAUCGCUGAGAAUUUUGAAGUGAAAAGUGCGCCGAGUUCAGCGAAACGGACCGUUGUUGUGGACACUGGUAGUGAGGCUUUUAAAGUGUUGUCAGCUGAUAGUGUUAAAGGUUCCAGGGGCGCUUCGAAGUCACCGACGGUGUCUACGUCGAAACGGAAAGGUGAAACUUCGUUUGCGAUCAUCGCUGAACCCACCACCUCUCGACCCUCGAGCCCCAGGUCUCUUCCAGUCGAGAUCCGACCUGGAAGGGUCUCACCUUUUAAAGGUCGAGGCUUCAGGGAAGAGACGUCACGGCACAACACACCAAAAACCUCAGCUGCCAAUUCCAGAUCAAAUUCUCCUCCAAGAAGAACAAACUCAUUAUCAAGAAUCGACAAAAUGGCGACAACAGCUACGUUGCUACCGCCACCUCCUGCGCAUAGACCUCCCAGAGAUUUUCUCAAAGAGAAUAUGGAGGAGGUUAGAGAAUUAAGUGAAUUAAAUAGAGAAAAGAAUGAAGCAGAUGCAGAAAAGAAAAGAAUAGACGAAGAACUUGCACUUCUCAGGGAAAUGGGAAUACUAGAUAAGAAAGGAGAAAUCAAAAGUAGAGUUAAUUCUAGAGCUAAUUCUAGGAGUAAUUCUCCACCCAAAAUAAAUAUACGAUCUAGAUCAAAUUCACCGUCAGCAAUUCUACAUUACGAAAAUAUAUUAAAAGGUAGUUCUGAGUAUUUGAACAAAGAUGACGGAGCUCCAAGACCCGCUGUACCACAUCGAUCCCGAUUAAAAUCAGUUUCAAAAUCUCAGCCUCAAUCGAAUAAUGGGUCGCCGAAGAAUUCAAAAAUACCACAACGGCAGAAAUCUGUCUCUCCAACGAGAAGCAGCUCGAGACAAUCAAAACAGUCUUUAGACAGAAAUUUGAAUCGUAAUCAGAGAUAUAUGUCUAGUAGUACUAGCAGUAUUCAUGAAACAAUAAGAAUUGGAAGCCAGGUUCACGAUAAGAGAACUAGUCAAAGCUCCCAGCACCUGAGUAUUUCCCCAUCUAACAUAAAAGGAAAGCCACCGAUAUCACCUGGUAAAACUGGGCCCCCGCCGUCUAACAAGUCAAUUAACGCUAAAAGAUUAUCUCCAAUCGUGGGUACUCCCAGCAAAAGUCCUGUCGAUGAUGCCAAACCAGGGUCGGCCAGAGUUCCAACUACUAAACUUGUUCAAGCAGCUAGAAAAGCAGCAAAGACUGCUGGUACCACGCCUGCUACAUCUAGAUUAAACUCUAGACAGCCUAGCAGAAACGCUAGUAGAGACCCUAGUCCAGAAAAACGAAAAACCGGUGUUAAAACUCUACCUAGACCUAAUGGUGCUAUUAAACCACCUACAAAGGGAGCAAGUGCACGAACUACACAAAAACCUCCAGUGUCAAAUAAAGUAGAACCUAAAAAACCUGUAAGUCGAACUAACAGUGUAAAAAAUUUGAGCAGAGUACCGAGUACAAAGGCGCUAAAUGAAAAACCUCCUUUAAUAAGACAAGUUAGUAAAAAGGAUCUUACAGAAAAAUCUAAAUCAACAAGUAAAAUAAGUGAAGUAGCGGCUAGGAAAAGCAGUGAAAAAGUACAAUCAAAAAAAUCUGAAGAAACUAAAACAGUUGAAGUUAGUAAAAAAGAAGAAAAAGAUAAAGAAAGUAAGACAGACGCGAACGUUGGUGAUGAGAUCAUUAGACAAGACAAUGGAACGCAGUAUGAUAAAAUAACAAAUGAAAAAGGAGAAAUUGUGAUUUUAACAAAGAAAAAUGUCGUUUCCAUGACAACAGCGGCAAUUACAUCGCAACCAUUAGAAGUAGUCACAACAGUUACCAAUCAAUUACCAGCAGCAUUUGAAAAAGCGAGAGAAAAGGGAAUAUUUGAACGAUUGAGUUCAAAGGAUUCCUUAAUAGACAGAGAUGAAGACAAAGAAGCAGAAGAAAAAGUGGAGAAAGAUGAGAAGAAGCCAGUUAAACCUAAAACACAUCAAACAAUAUUUACUGAAGAUCACAUAAGACUAAGACCUUUACAACCUCCUUAUAACAAUCCACAAGUAGAAAGAGUGAAACAAAAAAUAGACUGUAUUUUAAAAGAGCCUGAAAUAUCUACAGAAAAUAUCCUUGCAACUGCUAAGGCUAAAGAAGCAGCUAAAGAGGUAGUUGAUAACAUUAAAAGUGCCGUUAAAGAAUUAGAAAGUGACAUCACUGAUAACGUAUCAGCAGCAAAAGAUGAAGUAAAAAAAGCUGAAAAAACUAGUUCGGAAGUACGAUCCGAAGCAGCUAAAAUAGUCGACAGUAUAAUGACUCCAGUCGAACAACCGAAAGAUAUUCAAGAAAAGCCUAAAGAUGUUAAGAAAAUAAUAGAACCUAUAGUAACAGUGGUUAGUGAAAAGAAGAAUGAAGCAAAAACAGAAAUCAUUGAAAAAGUAAAUGAGACAUUGGUGCAAGGUGGUCCUGAGUUAGAAGUACAAAGCUCGAACGUUUCGACGCCUGCAGAUAAUAUGACUCUACCCAGCAAAGCAGCGAAAGGGAGUGCCUCUGACCAAUCUCAUAGUAACGGAGGAUUUCCUCAAAGUACGAGCACAACUCCAAAACCCCCUCCAAGAGCUCACAGGGAGCAAAAGGCCAAAAGUCCCCAGUCAUCUGAAGAACCAACCGACCAGACCAAGCCUACCAAGCCAAAUAUAUGCUUGCGUCUAAUGGGCAAGUGUAAAGCCAAGUGCUGUCCUUGUUGCGCGAAGGCGGAAGACGAUGAUGAGAGAGAGACGGAAAAUGAAAGUGAAAGGAAAGAAAAGAAAAAGUUCUGGAAAGAAAUGAACUGUUUUAAAAAGAAAGUACCAGAUGAGGAUGUGGAAAUUUCUGCCGGUAAAGGUACGACCAUAGAAUUCGAACAUGAGACGAAACGCAAACGAAAAUUACGCGACGUACUAUGUGCGUGUUGUCGUCAUCGGAAAGUGAGCGACAUCGAACCACCCCACCACGCGGAACCCUCCCCCCCUGUCAUGAGCUCAGACGUCGUGCAGGAGACGGGAUGCUGCGGGAAGAAGAGGGAAGCUGAGAGGCGGGAUAGCAUACUGAGUGAUCAAGCAACCACUACUUGCUGUAACAACCGCCUCGGUCGCUGGCUGCGUGGUGCGUGUCGGCGGCAAUCAGACCAGUCCUCCAGUAGGAGAACGAGUUUGUUUUCGAAGAAUAAGAGUCUCUCGCCUACACUACCUCCAGAGGAUACCCGCAAGAAGCUAGACCCAUCGCUCAUCGAGCACACGAGUGUUAUGCGCGGCGCCAUCCCCGUGCUGCCCGCCGUGCUCGCGUACUUCUGCCUCGUCUGUAACAUCUGCGUGCCUGGACUUGGCACAAUCUUCAGCGGCUUGUUUUGUCUAUGCUUCGGUAUUCCCAGGUUUGGUGUUCACGAUAGCGCUAAACAUAGGAUAGGUUCGUUUAUCAUCAACCUGCUGGUGGGCGCCGGACAGCUGUUUACGGUGCUGUUCUGUCUCGUGGGCUGGGGCUGGUCCAUCUGGUGGGGCGUCAUCAUGGUCAGGACGUCACGUAAAUAUCUUAAGCUGAAGGCUGAAGCAGCCCAAGAGGCAGAGGCGCCGCCUGUGAGCGAUAACAACCACCGAACAUAG